UAGGAAUUUUGUUGCUGCAGCCUGUCCUAGGUUUCAAAUUCCUUCUAGAUGGACAAUUGCUAGAGACAUUUUUCAAAUAUACCUUGAUGAAAAAAUGACUGUAAAAAGGAAUUUUAGGGAACAAACUCAGAGAGUUAGUAUAACUACUGAUACAUGGACCUCUAUUCAGAGGAUAAAUUACAUGUGCAUUACUGCUCAUUUCAUAGAUCAUCAGUGGAAGCUCCAGAAAAAAAUAAUUUCCUUUGUCCCUGUCACCUCUCACAAAGGGGAGUACCUUGCUAAAGCCCUAGAGAAUUGCUUACUUGAUUGGGGUCUGAAAAGUAUUUUUACGGUGACUGUUGAUAAUGCUAGUAGUAAUGAUACAGCUGUUGGUUUUUUCAAGAAAAAAUUAGUAGCCUGGGGUGCUUCUUCUGUAAAAGUAAAGUAUGUUCAUAUGCGUUGCAUUGCGCACAUCUUGAACUUAGCAGUACAAGAUGGUCUUAAAGAUUCAGACACUUCAGUCAUGAGAGUUAGGGAAGCUGUUAAGUAUGUUAGGAACUCACCUGCUAGGCUUCAAAAGUUCAAAGAUAUAUCUGAUUUGAUAGGAGUGGAAGCCAAGAGUGGUCUGCACCUGGAUGUUCCAACUAGGUGGAAUUCCACUUACCUGAUGCUAAAAUCUGCAGUUUUUAAUGAGAAAGUGUUUGAAGCCUAUGAGGAGAAUGAAUCUGCAUAUAGUACUGAUUUGGGUUCUGACAUGCCUGAUGUUUCAGAUUGGAUUGUUGUUGAAUCUUUUGUGACCAUUCUAAAACAUUUUUAUGAAAUGACACUAAGAAUUUCAGGCUCACUAUAUGUUACUUCCAAUACCUUUUUUUCUGAAAUUUCUGACUUGUUCCUUGUCCUCAAAGAUAUGGUUGCCUCUCCAACUGCUUCUGUCAGUGCCAUGGGGAGUACUAUGAAAUCCAAACUAGACAAGUACUGGGGUGAUCCUGAAAAGAUGAACUAUCUAAUCUUCUAUGCUAAUGUCUUAGAUCCUAGGGACAAGUUUGAGUAUAUGCCAUUUCAGCUAAAUGCUUUAUAUGGUGAUAAAAAAGGUGCUGCUUUUUUUCUAAAAGUGAAGUCAUGUCUAACUGAGUUAUUUGUUGAUUAUGUUUCAAGUUACCCUGACUGUGUUGGUGGAAGUUCUAAUACAACUUUUACUUCUGGAGCAUCUAUGGAGUGUGGUAAUUCUGAAAAUAGGCCUGUGUCCAGGUUUAAGGCUGAUCUUAAAAAGAAGAAGCUUGAGAGUGGUCAGGUAGGAGUUAAAAAAUCUGAACUUGAUAUAUAUUUAGUUGAGUCCAUAAUUGAGGAAGAUGGGGACUUUGAUAUUCUAAGAUGGUGGAAGUUAAAUAGUGAAAGGUUUCCUAUACUUUCCAAGAUGGCUAGGGAUGUACUUAGUGUUCCCAUUUCCACAGUUGCUUCUGAGUCCACUUUCAGUACAAGUGGUAGGGUUUUGGACUGUUUUAGAAGUUCAUGAAGUUGUAAAAUUGUGGAAGCCCUUAUUUGUGCACAAGAUUGGUUGAGAUUGGCUCACCAGCCUAUCUCAAUUGAAGAAAACAUCGAUGAAGUAGAGAGACUAGAAAAAGAAAUAAUGGAUGGAAAUGUUGGUGGUGGAACUGCUGCUCCUACUGGAUCCUCUAUUGUGCCAUUAAGUGUACAUUUUCUAUAUUUUUAUAGGGUUUAGGGUUGGCAUUGCUCUUUGAGUUCAUAACAAGCAUUCUGACUUCUGAGCUAUAUGACAUGUUUGGUUUUUGCCAUUAUUUGGUUGUUUGGCUAUGAUGAAGCUUCCACUCAUUACUGCAUUUAGGGUUUAGGGUUGGUGUUGCUCUUUCAGUUCAUAAAAUGGUAAGUUGUAACUGAAAUUGUAGCAGAUGCCCCCUAUUUCCCCUUAUGAAUGAUAAAAAACAUUCUGAGCUCUAUGAAAUGUCUGGUUUGUUUCAUUAUGUGCUUGAUUUUGAAUGGUGAAGCUUCCACUCAUUACUGCAUAUAGGGUGUAGGGUUGGUAUUGCACUUUCAGAUGCCCCCUAUUUCCCUUGUGAAUGAAAAUAAGCAUUUUGAGCUCUAUGAAAUAUCUUGUUUGUUUCAUUCUGCCAUUAUGUGCUUGUUUUUCCAGUUAUGAUACUCCCAUAUGCCCAUUACUUGAUAUAUAUUGGAAAUGUUGGAAGCUGUUAAGUAUAUGUAAAUAUGUAAUACACAGUAUAGAUGUUUAAUACUUCAAUGCAAAUAUAUAUAUUGCAUGAACUGUGUACUAAUUUAGCUCACUGUCACUGGUAUAUUUUUGUUGUACAUGUGAAUCCCUAUACAUAUGUAUAAUGUAUUAUGUGCUCAUUACAUUUGAAUGAGUAUGAUUCUGUCAUUCUGGAAAGCAUGCACAUGCAGCCAACUGUCCCUGGACCCUUGUCCCUUGAUCUGAUUUUCAGGUUUUGCGUAAGUAUCUCAUUAUCCCAUUCAUCCUUGAUUCUAUCAUUUAUAUUACUUUUCAUUGGCUAUGAUGAAGCUUCCACACAUUACUGAAUGUAUGGUUUAAGGUUGGUAUAGCUCUUUCAGUUCAUAACAUCUAAGUUUUGACUGAAAUUGUAGCAGUUGCCCCUGUAUUACUUGUGAAGGAUAACAAGUAUUCUGAGCCACUGAUUUUUCUAAUUUGUUUCAUUAACUUAUCCUUGUUAUUGUACUACAUGUAUAUUGAUUUCCAUGUGUUCAUUAACUUAUCUUUGUUAUUGUACAUAUGCAGGGGGAAUCUUGAAGGUGUGGUAAAUGGUUGUGGAACUGUGGAAGUGUGGAAUUUGAAAUGUUCAAGCUAUGACCCUGAGUGGACUGCCUGAGUGGAUGUAUUGAUUUUGCUUAGUUGUAACUUGGAACUUUGACACUUUGGAUGUUAAUUACUUGUAAUUAAGUAAUUAAUGCCAAAACUCUAUGUUACAAUUUUGAUCCCCUCCCUAAGCUACUCUGUUACUUAAUGACUUGUAAUUGAGUAAUUUGGUAAUUUGAAUAUCUGGUAUCAUAUGCACA